GCAGAGAGCGGCGGCAGACAGUCAGGCAGCGGAGUUGGUACGAACAUCUUCGACUUCACGAGCCAAAAGCACCUCGACUGCUCCUCAAGCUGCCCCGCUCACAGAUAUGCCUCGGACCGGUCGCGGUUUGCGGGGGGGGGGUUUACGUCGGAUUUAGCGCCCGAUCGCCGCGGAGAAGAUGACUAGAUGUGAAGCAAACAGCGCAGGAGAAAGUGUGCCUUGUUCGGAGCUGAACGGAUCGUCUGCCACAACAUAAAACUCGGAGCGCAUCAAGGCCAGCGGCAGCCUGUAGCACUGGUUAGCUGGUCGGCUAACGCUAGCCUGUUAACGUUACAGGUGUUCAGGCAGAAAAUAAACCAAACGCAACUUGUAGCUGUAGUUAGCUGGCGACAAGCUGGGCUCCCAUGUCGUGACUUAAAACUGAACUUAAUGUGCCUGUUAUAAGCUUUUUAGCAAACGCCAAGUAGCAAGUAUAACACUUAGCAACAUUGUUAUUAGCCAUUAGCUUUUUAGUCAGACGCUGUCCCGUGUUUACAGCAGCAGCAGGCUAGCCUCACUAGCCACCAAGCUAGCGAGUUAACUUUAUAGCUACAUGUGCUUAUUUUCUUUUGUAGCUGAUUUUUCGCCGUUUAACCCGACUCAACCCCGGACUCGCAGUGUAGUUUAGCGAUACUCUUCAUAUUUGCAAGCCAGCCACUUUGACUUUUUCCACCGUGCCUGCCCUGGACUGACCCACCCACAAGGACUCUCUAUCCGGGGCCGAUGCUGACAGUUCAGCCCGGAUCACGGCAACGCCAGGAGCCGCUACAGCAAUGCAGCCCCAGCAGAUAUACGACUUUUCAAGUGACGAGAACAGUCACAAAUGGAGAGGCCUCUUCGUGCAAGCUUUACGAAAGGUACAGAAGCAGGUCCACCCAAACCUCACAGCGAAGGAGGACGCCCUGCAGCACAUCGAGGAGCUGAUCCUGCAGCUGCUCAACAUGCUGUGUGUGGCCCAGCCUCGCUCUGUGCAGGAUGUAGAGGAACGUGUCCAGAAAACCUUUCCCCACCCUAUAGAUAAGUGGGCGAUUGCCGACGCCCAGUCAGCUAUUGAGAAACGCAAGAGGAGAAACCCUUUACUUCUCCCUGUGGACAAGAUACACCCACUGCUUAAGGAGGUUUUGGGCUACAAAGUUGAUUACCAUGUUUCCCUCUACAUUGUGGCAGUGCUUGAGUACAUAUCAGCAGACAUACUGAAACUGGCAGGAAACUAUGUCGGCAACAUUCGGCACUAUGAAAUCAACCAACAGGACAUCAAGGUGUCCAUGUGUGCAGACAAGGUGUUGAUGGACAUGUUUGACCAGGAGGAAGACAUCGGCCUGAUGUCUCAGUGCACAGAGGAGCCGUCCUCCUCUGGGGAGCUCACGUACGAUGACCUGGUGAGGCUUGAAAUCGCAGAGGAGCGGCAGUACCUGCGAGAGCUCGACCUCAUCAUCAAAGUGUUCCGCCAUCACUUCCUGUCCAACCCCAAAAUCUUCACGCCUCAGGAUGUGGAGGUGAUAUUCAGUAACAUCCUGGACAUCCACGAGCUGACGGUGAAGUUGCUUGGACUGAUCGAGGAUGCUGUGGAGAUGACAGCUGAUGGCAGCCCUCAUCCGCUGGUGGGCAGCUGCUUCGAAGAUCUAGCAGAGGAGCAGGCGUUCGACCCCUACGAGACACUGUCUCAGGAUAUCCUCAGCAGGGAUUUCCACGAGCAUUUCGACAACCUGAUGGCACGACCGACUGUUGGCCUCUACUUCCAGUCAGUUGCAGAAGGCUUCAAAGAAGCAGUCCAGUAUGUCCUUCCCCAGCUGAUGAUGGUCCCACUAUACCACUGUAUGCACUACUUUGAGCUAUUACAGCAACUUCAGGAGCGCAGUGAAGACCAAGAUGACAGAGAAUGUCUGAAACAGGCGAUCACAGCGCUGCUCAACCUUCAGUGCAGCGUGGAGCGCAUCUAUGCCAAGCACCAACCUCGCCGUAAACCUGGUGAGCCCAUGUACCGCUUGUACAGCAGGCAGGUUCGUAGCAAACAACUAGCCAUCAAACGCAUGAAUGAGAUCCAGAAAAGCAUCGACGGCUGGGAGGGGAAAGAUAUCGGUCAGUGCUGCAGCGAGUUCAUCCUCGAGGGGCCGCUUUUGCGAGCGGGCGCCAAGCAUGAGAGACACAACUUCCUUUUUGAUGGCCUGAUGAUCAGUUGCAAGGCCAAUCAGAGUUCACGGCUCCCAGGGUCCGGCAGCGGGGCGGAGUACCGCCUGAAGGAGAAGUUUGUGCUGAGGAAGAUCCGCAUCGUGGAUCGCGAGGACUCGGCGGAGCUGCGGCACGCCUUUGAACUGAUAGGCAAAGAUGAAAACUGUGCAGUUUUCUGUGCACGGACAGCAGAUGAGAAGGCAGCGUGGAUGGCGGCGCUGGUGACUCUGCAGUACCGCUCCACUUUGGAUCGCAUGUUGGACACAGUGCUGCAGCACGAGGAGCAGGCACAUCCUCUAAGACUGCCCUCCCCGGAGGUUUACCGCUUUGCUGUGCAGGACUCUGAGGAGAAUAUAGUGUUUGAGGACAAAGUGCAGAGCAAAACAGGCAUCCCCAUCAUUAAGGCCGGCACGGUGGUCAAGCUCAUAGAGAGGCUCACCUACCAUAUGUAUGCUGAUCCUAACUUUGUCCGCACGUUUCUUACCACGUACCGAUCAUUCUGCAAACCACAGGAGCUUCUCACCCUGCUGAUAGACAGGAUUGAGAUCCCUGAGCCAGAACCGACUGAGGAGGACCGUCAGGCUCUCUGGAACGGUGAUCAGCCGAUGGCAGCCGAGCUCCAGAGGUUCCGAAAGGAAUAUGUGCAGCCGGUCCAACUCAGGGUUCUCAACGUUUUCCGUCAGUGGGUUGAACAUCAUUUCUAUGACUAUGAGAACGAUCCGGAGUUGAGAAGUCGACUAGAGGAAUACAUCACCAGCAAAAUUCAACUGAGAGGAAAGUCCAUGAGAAAGUGGGUCGAGUCCAUCAAUAAGAUCAUCAGGAGGAAGCUGCAGACACAGUCGAACGGCGUCAGUCACAACAUCACCUUUGAGAGCCUGCCUCCUCCCACCGAGUGGCACAUUUGCAGAGCAGGACAGGUGGACUCAUUUGACCUCAUGACCCUUCACCCCAUAGAGAUUGCUCGCCAGCUGACUCUGCUCGAGUCUGAGCUCUACAGAGCUGUCCGGCCGUCCGAGCUGGUUGGCAGCGUCUGGACUAAAGAGGACAAAGAGAAGAACUCACCAAACUUGCUCCGUAUGAUCCGUCACACCACCAACCUCACACUGUGGUUCGAGAAGUGUAUUGUGGAGACGAUGAACCUGGAAGAAAGGGUGGCAGUAUUAUCCCGGGUCAUAGAGGUUCUGCAGGUUUUUCAGGAGCUCAACAACUUUAACGGCGUGCUGGAGGUGGUCAGCGCCAUCAACUCUGUCCCAGUCUACAGGCUCGACCACACCUUCGAGGCAAUACCAGAGAGAAAAAAGAAAAUCCUGGAAGAAGCUGUGGAACUAAGCCAGGACCAUUUUAAGAAAUACUUGGCUAAACUCAAGUCAAUAAACCCACCCUGUGUGCCUUUCUUUGGUAUCUAUCUAACCAACAUCCUGAAGACAGAGGAAGGCAACCCGGACUUCCUCAAACGCCACAGCAAGGAGCUGAUCAACUUCAGCAAGCGGAGGAAAGUGGCUGAAAUCACAGGCGAAAUCCAGCAGUAUCAGAACCAGCCGUACUGUCUGAAGGUGGAGAACGACAUCAAGAGGUUCUUUGAGAACCUGAACCCGAUGGGCAACAGGAGCGAGAAGGAGUUCGCCGACUACCUGUUCAAAAUGUCUAUGGAUAUCGAGCCACGGAACUGCAGGCAGGCUCCCCGAUUUCCCCGGAAGACCAUGUACACUCUGAAAUCCCCAGGGAUCCGGCCUGUGCGAACGUCUACCUCUGGCACCCUGAAGGGCCACCCCGUCCCCCUGGAGAGGGAGCCCCCACAUAAGAUCACUUUCCGGAGCAUCGCCGAGACCGAGCCGGAGACGCCGGCGUCGGCCUCCGUGCCCACCUCCCCGAACACGCCGACCCCUCCGCAGUCGGCCUCCUCUGACCUCAGCUCAGUCUUCGUGGAGCACGACCUCAGCAGCUCCUACGGCGGUAGUAACUCCAUAUUUGCUUCGGUUCUUCCGCCGCCUUCAAAGUUCCAGUCGGUGUCUUGCGGCAGCCUCCACCAGCUUGGGGAGGAGCUGCUCAAGCCGCCACCUCUGCCACCACGAAGGAAGGAUGCGAUGUCUGAAGCCAAACUGAGCUCCAGGUCCGACAGCCCUCCAGCCAUUCCUCCCCGGCUGCCCCCUCCUCUUCCCAGAAACCAGCCUCGCCCGCCGAUCUACAACGGCCCCCCCAUCGACGGCCCCCUGCCCAGCCCGCCCCCGCCACCACCCCGCGACCCUCUGCCCGACACGCCUCCCCCGGUGCCCCAGCGGCCUCCGGAGAUCUUCAUCAACUACCCUCCCCUGCAGCCCUCCCCCGUGGGCCGAUACCACUGGGACUUCGGCAGCUCCCCCAGUUCCCCUAACACCCCGCCCAGCACGCCGUCACCCCGCAUCCCCAGGCGGAGCUGUCCGCUCAGCGCCAGCCAGAACAGCCUCUGCCCUGUACCUGUUCCCAUCACCGCUCCACCUGUCCCGCCUCGCCACAACUCCAGCCCACAACUCCCCAAACUCCCGCCAAAGACAUACAAAAGGGAGCUGCUGCUGCAGCCGCCGCUACAAGGCCUCUCAUUGGUGGAGAACACCGACAGCAGCCAGUGAGUCGGCUUUGUUAUAUUUUUAAGCACCAAGAAGUGACCCUGAAAUGCAAACUUCAAACUGUCUCCUGCAAACUACGACACAGUGGACUCAAAGCUACUGAUCAGAAAGAAUAACACCGUUCAACAAACUCUUAACUCCACCCACCCGCCCUCUGCAUCGACCCGUCACACCCCCGCUGUGCCUCUCAGGGGAUCAGUAGCUCCGCCUUCGUCAUAAAACCCUCUUUGCCGAUGAGAAACCCACACCGGUGUGCCAGCUCAUAAACAACAAGGAGUUGAGUGUUUGCGUCUGUCUGUUCUGCACGGAGCGAGAAUGUUUGUACCUGAUAAAAGUUCUCAGCCCUCACACACUUAACUUAGACUUACCCCACGUCCCACUCCCCCGUCACCAGGGUGGGGUGAAUGUGGGGGGGGGGGCCUAGGACUUUGUAGCCUUAACUGUCAUGCUUUGUUUCUUUGGGCAUUGACAUCAUCUGGAGUCCUGCUGCAGCCCGCGGAUUUUUACGACCUCUCCUCCUCAACGAUCAAGUUAGACGUAGCUCUGUCACGGUGGGUGUGGGCAGCAGACAUUUCCAUUGCCUUGUGUUUCCUACUAAAUGAAAACAAACAGUUGCCAAAGUCUUAUUUUAUGCAGGGGGAUAAGGGAUUUUCUUUUUUUUUUUUU